AUGUUCGUCGCUGCACGGUGGUCCGGCGGAUGGCGGUUGUCCGCUUUGUCCGUCGCUCGCCAUCACAUCUCCGAUCACGGCCGUCCGCAGUCCGUCGUCAGUAGACUCUGCGGCACCAAACCCCGAGCCCGUUCCAGGAUGUCGUUGCCCCGUCUGCCAGCCGUCGGCAGCGUCUCGCCCAGAGUGCUGCGGGUGUUGGGAUGCAAUCCCAGUUUCAUGACGCUACAGGGUACGAAUACUUAUGUGGUUGGCACGGGUCAGCGACGUAUUUUAAUUGAUGCUGGAGAGCCAAAUGUUCCAGAAUAUAUAAAAAAUCUUCAGGAAACUAUGAUAAAGUUUAAUUUUCAACUUGAUCAUAUUAUAAUAUCACAUUGGCACUCGGAUCAUAUUGGCGGGGUAAAAAAUGUGUUGGAUAUGAUCGCUAAUAAAAAUGAAUGUCAAGUUUGGAAGUUCAAUCCCAAAAUUGGCAAAAAACGCGAUUACGACUUUCCAUUACAUUUUGUAGAAGAUAAACAAAAGUUUGAAGUUGAAGGUGCUACAUUGAUAAUUCAUCAUACACCUGGACAUUCAACUGAUCAUAUAGUUAUAUUUUUGGAAGAAGAUAAUGCAUUGUUCUCUGCUGAUAGUGUACUUGGAGAGGGAACUACUGUAUUUGAAGAUUUAACAGAAUAUUUAAAAUCAUUACAAUUGAUUUUAGAUUUAAAUCCUACUGUUAUAUUUCCUGGUCACGGCUCUGUAAUAAAAGAUCCAAUUGUGCGAGUAAAAAAUUAUAUUAAGCAUAGAUUAGAAAGAGAAAUGGAAUUGUAUAACUUGAUUAAUAAUAGUCCAUCUGGAUCGUUGUCUGAAGAAGAAAUUGUAAAUCUUAUCCCUAAUGAUUACAAGAGAAUAGCAUCAUAUAUUGUGAAAAAUCAUCUUGCUAAAUUGGAGAAGGACGGAAAAGUGGUUUUAAUCGACAAUAAAUGGAAAAUCAAUCAACAAUUCAACAAUGAAAAGUGCGAUUGA